AUGUCACUCGACACUUUCCUGUACAAGAAUAAUGUCAACCGCUACAACGGUUGCGCUCUGGAAUGGGCAGCUCGACAUGGUCGAGGAACUGUCGCUCGAAAGUCACUCGAAGCCGGUGCCCCGCUUUUGGGUACAUACCCUGAAGAAAGCCCGCCAAUAUCCUUGGCGGCUCGUGGGGGGCAUGAAGCCGUAGUCAAGAUUUUCUUGGAAUGGGUUCUUCGUCUAAAUGGAGGACAAAUGUGGUGGCCCCAGGGACCAGAGCCAGAAUGGAACAAGGAUUUACUCCGCUAUGACUCGGAUGUUACUCGCUUGGACGACCCAAUGGAUAGGGCUUUUUGCUACGGGCAAGACUCUGUCGUCCAUCUGUUGCGUGCCUAUGGUGGAAUGGCGCAUUUUGGGCAGCCCAGGAUUGCCUGGGCCAUGCUUGUUGCUAUCUCAGAGGGCUAUACAGCCGUUGUGAGAUUCCUCCGUGAAAGAUAUCCCGAAACGAUCGACUACAUGGUUCAUGUUGAAAAUGAUCAAAUGCUGCUGUCCAUGGCCUGCCAGACGGAUGUUGCUAGGAUUUUAAUCGAAGCCGGGGUUCCUGUGGAUAUCGCAGACUUUUGGGAGUGUAGUCCUCUGUGA